AUGGAAUCCAAGGAGUAUCCUACCAGCCUGACUAGCCAAAGCACACCGUCUGAUCAACAAUCCGACACCCAAAUAAUACUAGAAGACAAAGACUUACCUCCGGUCGAUGGAGGUCCUCAGGCAUGGCUCUUCCUGAUCGCCUCGGCAAUGCUUGAGGCCUUGGUCUGGGGCUAUGCAUUUGCGUUUGGGAUCUUCGAGGACUACUACAGCACGCAUGAACCAUUUCAAGGAUCGGGGAGCAUCGCCAGCAUUGGAACUUGCGCAAUGGGCAUUGCAUAUCUAUUGGCCCCAUUGGCCAUCAUCCUGAUGAUCUUAGUUCCCAAGAUUUCGCGCUGGGUUUCGAGCAUUGGAGUCGUGAUAAUGUGCUUGUCACUGGCACUGAGCUCGUUUUCGACGAACGUUACACAUCUUCUCUUAUCUCAAGGCAUCGGAUUCGGCAUCGGUGGCUGCUUAGCCUACACGCCAACGAUUCUCUUCAUGUCAGAGUGGUUCGUCAAGCGGAAAGGUCUUGCGUUCGGCGUGGUUUGGGCCGGAUCUGGUGUAUCGGGUAUCAUAUUCCCCCUGGCGAUACAGUGGCUUCUCGGUAAAUAUGGUAUUGCAGCAACUCUUCAAAUUUCGUCGGUGACAUUGUUCAUCCUUGCAAUGCCGUUCAUCUACUUCCACCGGCCGAGAUUGACAACCACGGAAAUCGCGUACCAUCGUCUCAACUUUCGUUUCUUAUACAACAAAGUCUUCAUCAUUUAUCAGCUUGGAAACACUUUGGAAGCAAUUGGUUUCUUCCUACCCACAAUUUAUCUGCCGAAAUUUGCGCGCAGUCUAGGGGCCAGCGACUUCAUGGCCUCCUUAACGGUAACACUGGUGAACCUUUUCCAGGUCUUUGGGUCAGUCCUGAUGGGCUUCCUCUCUGAUAGGUACCACAUCUCGACGUGUAUCUUGAUCUCCACGGUUGGGACCGUUAUUUCUGUUUUCUUUAUAUGGGGCUUUGCCACAAGCAUCCCUCCCCUCUAUAUAUUCUGUGUUGCCUACGGUCUGCUCGCGGGUGGCUUUUCCUCCACCUGGGCUGGUGUAUCCAACGAGGUCCAAAAGGCUAACCCCUGCGCAGACGCAACUGUCAUUUUCCCAUUCAUGGAAACUGGCCGUGGGAUCGGCAAUGUCGUCAGUGGUCCGUUGAGUGAAGCCUUACUCAAGGGGUAUCCUUGGAAGGAGCGUGCUGCAGGGGCAUACGGAAGCGGUUAUGGCACACUGAUAGUGUGUACCGGUGCCAGUGCACUGAUGGGCGGGAUUUGCGUAGUUGCGCGCCAGUUCAAGUGGAUAUGA